AUGCGCGAGCUCGUUCACGAGAGCCUGAGAGAUUUGCACCAUUCCGUGCUCGUGGCCCUUCUGCGGCUGCCCGGAUGGGCGUGUGUGCUCAUUUACGGCUACCUGCUGUUUUCCGUGCUGCGCUUUGUGUCCCGAUUCUCGUUCAUCAACGUGGUCCGGACGACAGAGCCGCAGCAAUCAAUCUCGUUUCCGAGUGCACGCGGCGCCGUCACGUUCGCCGAGCUGGUUCGCCGCGUGCCCGAGUUUCGCACGGGCGCCUGGGCGGUGAUGAACCCGCUGCUGUGCCACGGCCAUCUGCAGACCAUGUUUGCUGGCCUCCGCAGCUUCAGAUUCGUGGACCGGCUCUAUUUCGGCAGAGAAACGCUGUGUCUGCCUGACGGCGCGCAGGUGUCGCUGGACCGGGUCAUUUCGAAGGCCCAGUUUGACAAGGAGCCGGCUGCAGACGGCCAAUUGCCCGACUUCACCAGACGGCUCACUGCUGCCGAGCUGGAAGCGUUCUCCAGCUCGACCAAGCCGAUUUUCCUCGUGCUUCACGGCCUGUCGGGCUCGUCGUCCGAGUCAUACAUCCGGUGUCUUUUCGCGAGAAUGCCCGACUUCGAGUGCAUGGUGCUGAACAGCCGUGGCUGCGGCAUGACACCUCUCACCACGCCGGUGCUGUUCAACGGUUUCUGGACGUACGACCUCAAACACACGGUGCUGCGGCUGCGCAAGGCGUUCCCUAAACGGCCGAUCUACGCGGCCGGCUUCUCGCUCGGCGGCAGCAUCCUGGCCAACUACGUCGGCCAGUCGGGCGAAGACUCCGGGCUCGAUCUCGCCGUGGUGAUCGCCAACCCGUGGGACCUCAACCACGCGAGCUUCGUGUUCGAAAAGGACUUUAUUACCGACAAGAUCUACUCGCCCAUCAUGACGGUGCCUCUGAAACAGAUGAUCAAGAGCCACUACAAGAAACUGAGCGAAAACCCAGAUUUCGAGCCACUGUACAAGCAGCACUUCCGCCACGUGAACGGCAUCAAGUCGUUCGACAACGCGUUCACGUCCCGGCUGUUCGGCUUCAACUGCGCGUCCGAGUACUACCGCAGCGCGGCCUCCAUCACCAAGGUGUUCAACAUCCGUACACCGACACUGGUGCUGAACGCGCUGGACGAUCCGAUCGUCGGCGGCGACGAGCAGGCGCUGCCGCUCAAGGAGACCACGCUGCAGCCAUACCUGGUGACGGUGUGCACGACGUUGGGCGGACAUCUGGGCUGGUUCCGCUGGAACAACGAGCGGUGGUACGCGCGGCCGCUAAGCAGGUUCCUCAACGAGUUCCACGCGGCGCAGCUCGGCAAACCGUCUGUGGACGCGCGGUACCUGCCCGUGAAGAAGAGAGUCGUCAACGACACGCUACUAUAG